GGGCAUCUCUUCGCCCAAAUAGGAGCCUCUUCCCAUUCGCCCUAUUCUUGCUUGACACAAAACUUUUAGAAGGAGACCAAAGACUCUUCCCAUUCCCCUUAUUCUUGAUUGACAUAAAACUUUUAGAAGGAAACCAAAGACGAGAGAGUGAAAAGAAGAGAGCAGAAGUGAAGAAGAGGGCGGAUAGCAAGUGUUUUCUUUCUUGCCCUUCUUCUUCUCUUUGUUGCAGCUUUUGGAGACUUUGGAUCUCGCCAACGGUGGCGAAUCUGAGCAGCGACGGGGAGUCGCGGACCGCGCGCCUCCAUUCUUUCUUAUCUUCGGUUCUGUCGAGCCUCUUCGGGCAGAGCCAGGAAAGAGGAGGAGGAGAACAAACCAUGGCAUCGACGCAUGAUGUCGUAGUUCCUCAGCAGCAGAGAGGUGAUGUUCCUAUUCCCAUUGUCAAACAGAAAGCAGCAGCUGGAGGGGAUGGAAAGAACCGUCGAGCACUAGGAGACAUUGGAAAUCUUGUAAUUGUCCGGGGUGUUGAGGGGAAACCACAGCCUCAGAUCUCUCGCCCUGUGACUAGUUCUGGUGCUCAGCUUCCAGCAAAUGCACAAUUAGCUGCUAUUGCCACUGCUGAUAAGUUUCAGAAGCCAGUGGUUGUAGCUGCUGAUGUAGCAGUGCGAAAGUGCUGUGCCAAGGCAGUCAAGCCAAAAGCUGCUGUUAAGCCCAAACCUGAGGAAAUUAUCGAAAUCAGUCCUGCCACAAAUGAAGAACUGAGGCAUGUUAACCAACAAAAUUUUAAGAAGACCUCUUCAAGGAAGAAAGUUCACACUUUUAGUUCAGUACUAACUGCACGAAGCAAGGCUGCUUCUGGAUUUACUGAUAAGCCAAAAGAUCUGGUUCAUGAUAUCGAUGCUUUGGAUGCUGACGAUCAGUUAGCUGUUGUGGAUUAUGUUGAAGAUAUCUACAAGUUUUACAAACUUGCUGAGAACUCUAGCUGGCCGAAUGACUACAUGGACUCCCAAAUUGAGAUCAAUGCAAAGAUGAGAGCUAUUCUGGCUGACUGGCUGAUCGAAGUACACCAUAAGUUUGGGCUGAUGCCUGAGACCCUCUAUCUCACAUUUUACAUAAUUGAUCGGUACCUUUCCUUGGAAACAGUCCGCAGGAAGGAGUUGCAGCUUGUGGGUGUGAGCGCAAUGCUCAUUGCCUGCAAAUAUGAGGAGAUAUGGGCUCCAGAGGUGGUCAGCGACUUCAUAUGCAUAUCAGACAGCGCAUAUAGCAGAGAGCAGAUAUUGAGCAAGGAGAAAGGAAUUCUGAACAAGCUUGAAUGGAACUUAACUGUUCCCACACCCUACAUGUUCCUCGUGCGUUUUCUGAAAGCUGCCAUGCUUGAUAAAGAGAUGGAGUACAUGACCUUCUUCUUUGCUGAGCUGGGUUUGAUGGAAUACUCAAUGAUCAUGUACUGCCCAUCCUUGAUCGCCGCUUCUGCUGUCUAUGUGGCACGGUGUACACUCAAGAAGACUCCCUUCUGGAGCGAAACACUCAAGCAUCACACAGGCUUCUCAGAGCCUCAGUUGCUGGAUUGUGCGCAGCAUCUAGUGAGCUUUCAUUCCAAAGCAGCAGAGAGUAAGCUGAAAGUAGUGUUUAGGAAGUACUCGAGCCCUCAAUGUGGUGCUGUUGCCUUGCAUCCUCCUGCUGCUAAACUGCUUGAUGAGCUGAAGGCAGCAGCUUUGACAUGACCGGCUCGUUCAACAACUGGUUGGGUUGGGUUUAACUUCUGACUUAUUGUUUUCAUUUUUAUUUCAUUCUGAGUUUUGCACAAUGAUUGUAAAGGAACAUGAGGAGAAAAGGGGCAUGGGCCUGAAGGCAGAUCAUCUCGUUUGAUGAUGAUAGCAUCUGUUUGUUUUGUGCUUUUGGGUCCCCUACUCUUUUCUUUGUACUAAUGACAGUGUGCUGAUUCUCUAAUCUUAUGAGUGAACUGAUUGCCACGUCUUGUAAUAUAAUAUAUCAUGUUUUUUA